AUGGUCGCCAUGGUGGUCCUCGACGCGUGGCAGUACGGGUGGCACCGCCUGAUGCACAGCAGCGGCCUGCUGUACCGCCAUGUCCACUCCUGGCACCACCGGCUGGUGGCGCCGUACGCCUACGGCGCCCAGUACAACCACCCGCUGGAGGGCCUGAUACUGGACACGGCCGGCGGCGCGCUGGCGCUGGCCGUGACGGGGAUGGCGCCCCUGACGGCCGCCGCCUUCUUCUCGUUCGCGACUCUCAAGGCCGUCGACGACCACUCCGGCGUGCUUGUCCCGGGCAACCCGCUGCAUCUCCUGUUCCGCAACAACACGGCCUACCACGACGUCCACCACCAGGUUCGUGGUGGCCGCUGCAACUACGCGCAGCUGUUCUUUGUGGCGUGGGACAAGCUGAUGGGCACGUACGUCCCUUACGAGGUCGUCAGAGCUCCGCACGGCGGACUGGAGGCCGUGCCGUUGAAGAAGAAGUUGAAGACCUGA